AUGUCAGUACCUUCUAAACAUACUGGUAACCAAUCCAGAACAUCAAUGUUGGGGAAGAAAAGGAAGCCAGUCGAAAAUACUCACAAUGCGGAAACAGAUGGCUGGCAGAUUCAGGAAACUCAACAUAUAACAAGCAUGGAUUCCGUUGAGUGGAUUUAUUCCGAGGAGAAGGUUUUUACGGUUGCCUCGUGUUACAAUUUUUAUAACAAUCUUCGUAUUCAUUAUGGCCCCGCCAAUAGGAAUGAUGAGGCUUUUGAAUUGUUGUGGAAAUUGGAAGUUCCGCUCAAAAUCAAGGCUUUCGGGUGGAGACUUUUUCGCGAUAGACUUCCGGUGAAAGAUUUGUUGAAGAACCGAGGUAUUUCUAUUCCUUUGGAUGAUUUAAAGUGCUCGUUUUGUGAUAAUUCAUUGGAGUCUAGUUCCCAUUUAUUUUUUAGUUGUUUGGUGGUGAAAAAUAUUUGGAGUGAGAUAGCUAAUUGGGUUGGUAAAGGGGAUAGAGUAGAUGUCAAGUGUUUGUCGAAUUUUAUGGAUUGGCACUUGUUUUUUAGAAGUAAAAAAGUUAAAGUUAGGAAGUUAGGUUUGGUUUGGCUUGCCACCACUUGGAUUAUUUGGUUGGUGAGGAAUGGUGUUUGUUUUCGGAAGGAAGAAUGGAAUGUGAAUAAUACCGUGUGGAAUAUUAAGCAUUUGGUUUGGAGGUGGUCUUUUUGCGGGAAAAUUACUCAUCCCAAUUAUUCUCUCUACGAGUUUUGCAAGGAUCCUUUGCAUUUUUUGUCGUAG